AUGUGCAGAGGAAAGGUGGCAGCUCGCAGCGUCGAGGACUUUCAAACCUUCUCGUUGUUUGAGGAAUUAGAACAGAAAGGAUUUCUGAGUCCAAAUCAUCUGGGUUUAUUAAAAGGCAUGUUGAGAGGAGUUAACGAAUGGGCUCUUUUUGAGGAAGUUGAAAAGUUUGAGACAAAGAGAAAGGAAUACUUGCUUGAGCAAACUAAUGUAUUCGAGUGCUCGAUGAGCUCAAUGAUCUGGAACGACUCAUCUCGAUUUGCGGAGAAAAGAUUGCAGAAGAAAGACAAGGCAACGUUCAAGAUGUGCGAUCAUUGUUUAGGGAGUUAG